AUGCAAGGCGAGCCCGCGACGCAGCGUCCGGGACCAAAUGAGCAGCCUGUAAGUGUGAUGGAGAAGCUUCAGCAGCUCGGCCUGCUCGGGCAAGCCAUGACGGACCGGAUUGUCCAAGGGAAUGCUUCUGUGGUGGAGCUCCAGCGACCGUGCGUCACCUCUGGAACUCUUGCUGACACGGCUGCUGCUCCCGACGCCGGCGAGAAGGGCUCACCGGAUGAGGGCGUGGGAAAGGAAGACCACCGGGAGGCGGCAAAAGGUCUCGUGUCGAGCUUGGUGGCGGCCGCUCAAUCGGCAAAUCCAGUAGCGGUGGCGGAGCCAUCUGUUGCGGCGGAGGCAGUGAUGCUUGAGGAACCGGGUGAGAAAGCCCAGGGCUUUGCGGUGUGCACGGCAGGAUCAGGAAGCCAGGGCGUGGCAGAGCCACAGCCUGCCGGGCCCGCGGCUGCAGCUGGCGCGGAGACGCGGCCCUCCUCCGCGGGCAGAGGCAGCCAGCGGAGCGGCUGGCAAAAGCUUGACGAGGGGGAGGGGGGCGCUCCGGGCAGUUAUCCGACUCGACCAAGGCUGUUGCAGCUCCUGUGCUCGCCCAGAUUCUUCGCCGUGGCCUCAACCUUCUCCCUGGUCCUCGUCGUGGUAAUUGCAGCGGUGCUGCACGGUCCGGGAGGCAUCCACCGGGCGGCUGCCCCCGAGCUCGAGCGGCUCUUCCGCAGCUCUGCAGGAGUGGUGGUGCGCAUGCUCGAGUGCGGCAAGUGGAAGGAGACGGCCACCGCGGCGGACUACGAGUGUGACGGCAGUGCGACCGCUAGCCCGGACACGAGCCCCGCUGCGGCAUGGGACCUCCUCGGCGCAGCCUCAUGGCCUGAUCCAGUCAUCUCCACUUGCCACGAAGACCCUGCUGCACGCCUCAAAGAACUCGCGGCAGUGUUGGGACGCUGCUGCAGCGGCGAAUGCCCCGCCCUCUACCACAGCGGCACCACGAGGGUCAAGGUUGCACAGCUGCGCCACUCCUUUUCCAAAUGGCGCACGGAGGCGUGCGCCGACGACUCUCCGGUGAGGAUCGGCUCACGGCCGUGCCACUGCACCGCUCCCCGCGACUGCGAAGGCACGGCUUGCCUGCUGUCGGAAGAGUACGACUGCGGGCACACGCAAGUCCAUGUUCGCUUCACGGCGCACGAUAUCCUCGCAGUCCUCCUCUACAACAAAUGGUCAGGAGAUGCUUUCGCCUUUGACGAGGAUGCGCUGACCGUCGCGCGUGCAGCGCAGGAGUCGGUGAGUCCCCUCUAG